UUUGCACAGUAAAAUGAUGCCUAAAAGUAACUAAGUAUAUGGUUUAAUAUCACUGGACGGAAUAAUACAGUUCUUUAUUUACCUCCACACUAUCACAUUCACAGACACCCGUCCGGAUGUUGUGAGGUGAGCGAGACAAAAAUAGCUCUGACAUGUCUUUCGCUGUGACCAAGCCCCUCUCCGCUUGGCUCUGUCAAUCACAGGCCAAAACAAGAUGGCAGGCUACAGGAGCUGGGUCUUCUUUUUAACAGUUGGUGCUGUCAGUUUGUUUGGGGCCGAUGCAGAGAUCAAAGUUACCAUUCCUGUGGGGAAGUUAUUUACAUAUGAGCUGCUGAGAGAGACGUUCCAGAAUGACUUUGAACCUUUGUCAAAACUUUAUGCUGGGCGCUUGUACGAUGACCCCAUGGUUUUUAAGUGUAACAGGCAGAAUUUCCCAGACCUCCCAGAGUGGCUUCGCUUCACCCAAAGGCACCCCUACGAUAAUGGCUUCCUGUACGGCACGCCAAUAUCUCCAGGAAAAAGUAUAAUUGAGAUCUACGCCAUCAACAAACGGAGCUACGAAGCAGCCAGACACAUACUCGUGAUCAAAGCUACUGCGGAGAAGAUGCUGCCCUAUCAAGCAGAGUUCUUCAUCAAGCUGAGGGAGAUUGAGAAGGUGCUGCCCCCUUCUGUUCAGGAUGAGAUAAAGCAGGAUUUACAGAAGCUGUGGAAAACAGAGGCUUUGGAAAUUGUCAAUAUUACCAACGCCCUCGACCGUGGCGGCAGAGUUCCCCUCCCUCUUGCAGGACACUUUGAAGGUGUGUAUGUGAAGGUGGGGUCGGAGCAGUAUUUCUCAGAUUGUCUCUUGAGGGUGAUGACAGCAGAGCAUCAAAAGCAGUGUGCAACAGGGGCCAAAGUCAAAGUCCCCGGAGGCUGUAACUUCUGCAACAUUCCCAGCAACUGUAUCACCUGGUGCAAGACGGAGCUGAUUGAUCUCACAAAGCAGGAGCUGGCUCCACCUGCUCCCACGAUGGGUUCGGGGAUUCUGGAGGAUGGAGGUGACUUCGACCCUCCCGAGUCUCCCCCGAGCAGAGACUUCUUCCCGGACUACAUCGUGACAGUGAUCGUGCCCCUGAUCCUCGCCAUCGUCCUGUGUCUCCUGCUGGCCUACAUCAUGUUUGGCAGACGAGAGGGAGUUACCAAAAGGAAUGCAAAAACAAACCAAAUUCAGCUGUACCACCACCACACCAUUCACGGGAACAGCGAUGAGCUGAGGAACAUGGCUGCAGAGCGUGGCGCCCCUCCACCUCUGUCCACGCUGCCCAUGUUCAACAGCCGGACCGGAGACCGGGCUCCUCCGCUGCAGUCUGACAGCCCCACCAUCCCCCUCAUAAUGGCCCAGCAUGAUCCUUACAGUGACACACUGCCCAGGAAAUGAGAACAGCGAUGGAUUAAGCGUCUUUGAUACAGAGUGUCAUUUAUACAGUCUGUGGUUCUAUA